AUGGCCCAAGCCACAGCGCCUCCAUCCACAAGCGAAAAGACAUUUACCUCCUACACUAAAGAACAAGGCGAAGCCUACGCCAAAGGGCGGCCGGACUACAGCCCUAAAUUCUACCAAAGCAUUAUCGAUGACCAUGCGGCCACCGGCGGCCAGUUCGACCGCAUCGUUGAUCUGGGCUGCGGCCCUGGCAACGUAGCCCGGGCCCUAAGCCCGCAUUUUGCGCACGCCUUCGGGCUCGACCCGUCCGAAGGCAUGAUCGCAGUUGCUCGCUCCAAGGGCGGUCUCACUGCGACCUCCGAGCCGAUCCGCUAUGAGAUCUCUACCGCUGAGGACCUGGGGCGGAGCCUCUCGCCUCCAAUCCAAGCAGGAAGCAUCGAUCUGAUCACCGCCGGCAACGCCGCUCACUGGUUCAAGAUGCAGGAGUUUUGGCACCAGGCGGCUCGCGUCUUGAAGCCACAUGGCAGUGUGGUGCUGUGGACGAGCAAUCCGGCGAAAAUGCAUCCGUCGGUGCCGAAUGCAGCUGCGAUUGACCAGGCGCUGAAUGAUCUUGGAGAGGGUGCUCUCAAGCCCUAUAUGGCGGAAGGGAACGUCUUGACGCGGGAUGGGUAUAGUUCUCUUCCGCUUCCGUGGACAAUUGAUCCUCCUCAGCCGGACUUCGAUGAGAAGGACUUCGUUCGGAAGGAUUGGACUCUGCCCGAAGAUGACCCGAAUCAUACCCAGGUUGACCUGGACAAGCUUGAGCAGAUCAUGGACACUAUGAGUCCGGUGACGCGAUGGCGCGAAGCCCACCCUGAGUUGCGAGGUACUGAUCAGGAUGUGGUGAAGAUCCAUCGUAACAAGAUUGCGCGUCUGCUGCAUGAAGCUGGCGUGGAACCGGGAAAGGAAGUGCUUACUUCGAUUCCCAAUCUGGCAGUAUUGAUCGUGAAGAAGCGAGGCAAUUAA